AUGACAGUGGUAGCAUUUACAUUGGAAGAGCAAGAUUUUGAAGUCAGAGCAAAAUUUGUCUACUUCACGGAUACUCAAGAUAUUUACAUCAUGCCCCCACUUCCUGUCCAUGAACAACCAGCUGUGCACCUUGCAAAGGCCCUGAACAAGUUCAUGGAAGCCAUCCCUUAUGACAAGCUCCUGAUCAAUACCACUAUGCACCUCAAUUACCGCAUCCAAAACAAGGAUUUGAUGAAUAUACCAGAUCUACACCUUACCAUCACAGCACAACCCCCAGAGGAUAUAGAGUCAGAUGAGAUGGUGGUAGUGAAGCCAGUGUCCAAAUGGCUAAGCAACACAUGUGAUGGUCAUCAAGACAUUGAUUACACUUUCAUCAUAUCCUUCAAAGAGCGAAUUAAAUGGCAUCAACCAAAAGAAGAGGACACUGCUAUUCAACAACUUCACUCAGCUCCCACAUUAGAUUACAAAGACUUCAUUCCAUCCCACAUCAAGAAGAGCUUGAGGUUUGGACCAGUGGAGAUCAAGUCUCACACCUGGAUUGAUAUCAGCAAGGUCUGCUACAGCAUAUACAAACAUGGCACAGACAGUCACUUCAAUUUCAACAACAAGGAUGCUUCUACAUUCACAGAGGGGACCCUUUACCCCAUGUUGCAGAUGGGUGAUGUUGAAUGCAUGUUGGAUAACGCCGCAGAGAGUUUGAAGGGUUACAUUGUAUCAUUGAUGGAGGGUAUGGGUCUUGAGGAGACCCUCAACUCUAUUUCCUCCAUGAUCUACCUUACAGCAUAUUGCUACUACUUGGACUGGUGCUACCACAAAUACGACAAACACAAGACAAUGCACGUUGCCAUUCAACAACCCUCAAGCUCCAAGUCUACCAGUACCAGACCAACCAAUUCUUCAUCCAUUAUGACAACUUCUUCCUCAUCUGAUCCCACAACUUGCCCCUUGUCUGGCACAAUGCCAGCCUCUUCAUCUACUGGGUUAUUGCUCAACGUGCAGCCUGAGCACUCAGCAAAGAAGUCAAAGGUUCAGCUGGAAGGUGAAGGGUCUACUGGGGAGAAACAGAAGGAGGAGGUGAAGGUGCAGGUGAAUGGGAGUGGGAGUGUGAAGUGGAAGGGGAAGGGUCAUCAGUAG